AGGCGCCCGGGCGGGCGGGCGACGCCUCUCGAGGAAGUUGGCCCUUUAAUUACGGAGCCAGUUCCCCGUCGCGGCCACCUUCAGCGGCGAGCGGCAGGCGCGCAGUCGGUGUGUCCAGUCCUCUGCCUCCGGUGCAGCAUGGGCGGCUCGGCCUCCAGCCAGCUGGACGAGGGCAAGUGCGCCUACAUCCGAGGGAAAACUGAGGCUUCUAUCAAAAACUUCAGUCCCUACUACAGCCGCCAGUAUUCUGUGGCUUUCUGCAACCACGUGCGCAGUGAGGUAGAGCAGCAAAAGGAUUCAACGUCACAAUUUCUGAAGACCAAGCCCCCGUUGGAACCAGGAACUGUUUUGUAUGAAGCUGAGAUCUCACAGUUUUCAGAAGACAUCAGGAAAUGGAAGGACAGAUACAUUGUGGUGAAAAACGAUUUUGCUGUGGAAAGCUAUGAGAACAAAGAGGCCUAUCAGAGAGGAGCUGUUCCUAAGAGCAGAAUUCUUGCAGCUGGCGGGAAGGUGUUAACCUCAGAAGAAGAGUAUAGCCUCUUAUCGGAUAAGCAUUUCCCAGAUCCCACUGCUUCCACCGAGAAGAACUCUCAGCCUUUCGUGGUCCUGCCCAAGGCAUUCCCGGUGUACCUGUGGCAGCCAUAUUUCAGGCAUGCCUACUUCUGUUUCCACGAGGCCACUGAACAGCAGAGGUUCAGCGCUCUUCUGAAUGACUGCAUCAGACACCUGAAUCACGAUUACAUGAAGCAGACGACAUUUGAAGCCCAAGCCUUUUUAGAAGCUGUCCAGUUCUUCCGGCAGGAGAAGGGUCACUAUGGCUCAUGGGAAAUGAUCACUGGGGAUGAAGUCCAGGUCCUGAGUAACCUGGUGAUGGAGGAGCUCCUGCCAACCCUUCAGACCGACCUGCUGCCUAAACUGAAGGGGAGGAAGAAUGAGAGGAAAAGGGCCUGGUUUGGACUCCUGGAGGAAGCCUACAAUCUGGUUCAGCAUCAGGUUUCCGAAGGAUUAAGUGCCCUGAAGGAGGAGUGCAGAGCUCUGACAAAGGGCCUGGAAGGGACCAUCCGCUCCGACAUGGAUCAGAUUGUGAACUCAAAGAACUUUCUAACUGGGAAGAUCAGAGCAAUGGUGGCUCAGCCAGCUGAGAAAAGCUGUGGGGAGAGUGUGCAGCCAUUCCUGGCAUCCAUCCUGGAGGAGCUGAUGGGCCCAGUGAGCUCAGGCUUCAGUGAAGUCCGUGCUCUCUUCGAAAAAGAAGUAGAUGAACUCAGCCAGAGCUUCCAGGCCACCCAGGACAGUGUCCAGCUGAAGGAGCAUCUAGACCAGCUUAUGAAGCUUCCUCUGGAUUCGGUGAAAAUGGAACCUUGUUACACUAAAGUCACCCAGCUCCCAGAGGGCCUGCUGGAUCUCCAGAGCCGCUUCAGAUUCCCUCACGUUGACCUGGUGGUCCAGAGGACGCAGAACUACAUGCAAGAGCUCAUGGAGAACGCUGUGUUCACAUUUGAGCAGUUGCUCUCCCCACAUCUCCAAGGAGAGGCUUCCAAAACAGCAGUGGCCAUCGAGAAGGUUAAGCUCCGUGUCUUAAAGCAAUACGAUUACGACAGCAGCACCAUCCGGAAGAAGAUCUUCCAGGAGGCAUUGAUUCAAAUCACACUACCCACUGUGCAGAAGGCCCUGGCGUCCACAUGCAAACCAGAGCUUCAGAAAUACGAGCAGUUCAUCUUUGCAGAUCAUACCAAUAUGAUCCACGUUGAGAACGUCUAUGAGGAGAUCCUGUAUCAGAUCCUCCUUGACGAAACCCUGAAAGUGAUAACGGAGGCAGCUGUCCUGAAGAAACACAACUUAUUUGAAGACAACAUGGCCUUGCCCAGUGAAAGUGUAUCCAGCCUGACAGAUCUUAAACCCUCCAUGGGGUCAAACCAGGCCAGCCCCGCCAGAAGAGCAUCUGCCAUUCUACCAGGAGCUCCAGACAGUGAGCCCCCAAGUAAUGAAGUAUUCCAGGAGCCAGAGGAGAAGCAGCAGCAGCCUGGGGCGCCUGGCUCCCUGGCCAGAGAGGAAAGUACUUCCGUCUCUGGGUCCAGUUCUUCGGGCGGGAAUGGGCAGGUGACUGUAUCCAGUGUGGACAGCUCUUCUGGGAGUCCUCUCACGGCAGAGAAUAUGGAAGGAUCCCCCAGCUCACACCUGCCAGAGGCAGAAGCCAGGGAGACCCUUAACGAUGAGGAACCAAUCCUCGAGAGUCCAGAGUCUAGCAGCAUUCCGGGAUCCUUGAAGGAGCUGAAAGAGCUGUUGACGGUGAUGGUGUCUGUAGAAUCUGCCCUGGUGAUUGAAAACAAUGCACACAAGGGGACACCUAUUCCCCAAGGAAAUGAAAAUGAGGAUGAAAACAAGAUCUACCCAGAAGACAUCCAUUCAGCUGCCACCCAGCAGGACAACUGCAAAGAAAGUGAAGUCAGUGAGAGGGAGGCCCAUCCUACCCUUUUGGAAGUGGAGGCUCCCGGGGUGGGGUUGGGGACCUUGCCAGAGGGUAGCGGCCCUACCUCUCAAUCCACCUGUGGGGGCCCCACUGAGGACACCAGCUGUCUAGGCCCCGUAGGAAAGCCAUCUGAGGCUCCAGAAACCACUGAGAGGGUGCCCCCAGCGAUCAUUUCCACACAGGACACCACUCAUGCAGGAGGUGAGGCUGUGGUGGUCACCCCUCAAGAAGAUGCCGUGUCAAGUUCUAAUCCCAUCUGUCCUGUGGAGGGCAGUGAGAUGCCCCAGGUUUCCGAGGCUCAAGAAGUGCUGGGAGGGAAUGAUAGCCCAGCCCCUGCUAUGGGUACAGAGCAAGUCACUGCUAUCCAUGUGCAUGAGUGCCAGUGGGUGGUAGAGGAUGCCCCAAGCACUGACAUCCUAGCUGUGCAGGAUUGUGAUGCGGGCUUUUCAGCGCAGACCUCAGAGGAGUGAUAGAAACAACUUGUCUGUCGUUUUUCUGUUAAAACUGUCAGUCAACGGGUUUUAGUUAUGGGUAUCCAUAGGGGAUUGCAUGGGGCUUGCUGUAAAAAUUAUAAAAUGUUUCCUUAAUCUGAAUGCUAAAGCCAGAGGAAAUGUAUACAGGGUGUGAGCGCUGAGGCAGACUUUGGGGGGCUGAAUGAUCACUUCAGUAUUUUAAUAGAAAUGGAAAGAGAACUGGAGCAUUGGGGUGAAAAGCAGUUAAAGGGGCUCCAGAGAGGGGUCAGUAUGGCCAGCAGAGACCGACAGAGCAGGAAAUGGCAACUCAAUAUUCUAGUCGCUGAAAUGUACAAAUUUUGUACAGCACUUUAAGCAUUUUUAGUGAGAGCACAAAGGACUCUAGCCUUCCCACCUGCUCCUUCAGCUUCACCGUUUCCACAGUGGCAUUUGUCCACAGUCAGGCCACAAGAAAGAGGAAGUCACAAGCCAGGCACUUCCCUGUGCCGUGUCCAGAGCCAGUCAUGACUGGUAGAUCUCAGGUGCUGCAGAGCAGAAAUCCAAGAUGGAAGGUCUGUGGAACUAUUUAGGCCUGUUCCUAAUCCUGCUACCAAUUCCUUGUUCGUUAAUUUUGUUGAUUUGUAUUACUUAAUCACCUUUUAAGGAAAUUCAGAUGGGGCAAGAGAUUUCACAGGCAUAAAUUAGCCCUAGUCUAUGCAAAGUGCUUGGCUAAAUUUUCUAGUUCAAAACCUACCAAUUACACAGACAUUGUUUGGACAGCGGCUGCAUGCUCUGUUAGUCACAGUAAUAAAUAAAAGAUCAGGUGCUUUGCUUCAUAUACAUUAAAAGGCUCAUGAGAAUUUAGUCUAGAAGAAUAUUUUUUUCCUGUUUUUAAGUUUUAAACCAUGACAGCUUUCACUCUUUCCAUUCACACAGUACUGGUUUAUUCUCAGAAGGGAACAAAUGAAUUCAUGAUUGAAGAAAGGAAUGGAUGAAAUCAUUCAAGUUUUUGUCAUUACCAAAGUAGAAAUUGUUUGAUCAUUCAGCAAAUUGUUCUGGUACCAAUCCUGGGGAUACCAUGAUGAAAAGAUGUUCCUUCUUUCUGAAGGAAACAAAGAAAUUCACCCCUAAAAUAGACUGCAGCCUGUAACUGUUAGGAUGAGAGCGCGAAUGUACUCACUUGCAAUAAAAUGUAUCUCAUCGUGUUUCAGAAAAAUCUCAGAUUGUUCCCUGAAAGUUUCAAUCCCGGGUGGGACUGAAACUUCCUCUCACGUAUUUUAACACCAGAACCUCACACACUGUCUUCAGGGUUUGUUUUACUCAUUACCAUCAAACACCUCCUUCCAAGAAGUUAUCCCUCAUUUCAGCCAUUUAAGCAGGAAUGAAGACAUUUCCCUCCCACCCCACCCACAAAGAACUUCUAAGUCAUAAAGGAUGAGUAAGAAUCACAUCAGCAUGGUCUCAUACGGAAUCAUUUCACCUUUUCUUAGAAGGUGUGUAUCCUCAGUGUCCUUGCGAUGUCCCACCACUGAGUGAGGAAGGCAUUCUCAGGCUUGUACCUGGCCGUCAGUGUGGUGCACCAAGAUUACAUUACUUCCUGUCUCAUCCACAACCUCCUCCUCCCUGAGGAUUAGUCAUCACUUGUUCUUUCUGCUGGAAACCCACAGCCUUGAAUAAUGCCUUCCUGCGUGCCAAGUAACUUUAACAUCCAAGGGCCUGGCAUAAGGACUGAUACGUUUCACGCCGCUCCGGAAAUGUAGGAACGGAGUGCCUGGCACAGUCCUGUGCAGGGGCUAUUUGGGGCCUCUAGGCAGGGAGAUGUUUUUAAUUAAGCUUUCUGACCUUGCUGAAAUCUUCCCACAAAUAAGCUCCAACGCUGAAGGGGCAGGUGGCCAAAUGGCCAGUAGCACUACCCGGGAAGGCGGGGAGCCAAGAGAGCAAUGUCUAUCCCACAAACACUGGCCUUCUUUUUAGGAGAGCCAUGGCUAUCGUGGGGUCUCAGCUCAUGCCAACCCCACUCCAAACCCUCCCGUCCUCCCUGCCUUUGCUCACAUCUUGUACCCCACGAGAAGCUAAGAAUAAGCAAGAGUUCACAUGUCACUGAGUCGCCUGGAUGAGUAUUGGCGCCGAUCAGGAAGGCCAGAGAGGAAUCCGCACUAAGUAGCAAGAUAUUCUAGAAAACACUGAGAACCCCUUCUAUGCAUAUUUCAUGCAACCGAGUUCUCCAACCUGCAGUGCAUUAAAACAGUCUGUACGUGUGGUGAAUGUCAGGCACGUGCUUUUCAUAGAUUUGUGUGUUCCAGUGUUUCCAUGGGGGAGCAAGGUGCUUGUGAUCAAAAUGGGCAAUCUCGGCCUUGGGCAAAGCUAUUACAGACUCCUGGAUCUUGGCCAAAAAUCCAGGACUACUAAACUAGUUACCAGUUUAGGAAACUAGUUACUGACUGACCUUUCACAAAGAAAGAGGUUUUCCUUGAAAAAAAAAAAAAAAAAAAAAAAAACUUGUCAUUUUGCCUCAUGUAACUUGGCACAAUGUGUAAAAUUAUGCGGUAACCUCAACACACAUGCACAGACUCAGGAAAAGGAGCAGAGCAUUUUGGAGAGAACAAGGUCUGAUUCCAGUUGUCUUUUGCAGAUUGGUUGAGCAUGCAGAAUGGCAGGCCCUUAGGUUUGACCCUCUGUAUAGUUUAUUAUAUGUUUGCCCUGGCACUUCUUCAGAGUAAAGCCAGUGACUUCAGAGGAUUUCACAGUUCUCCCAGACAAACGUGAUUUUAAUUCUUUAUUUUUGUAAAGUGUGACAAGAGCUGAGGGCAUGGUUUCAGAUAGAGUACUUGCCUAGCAGGCUGGAGGUCCUGGUUCAACCCAAAAGUGGUGGUUGUGAGGGAAAGCUAUAUGCUAAAUAGUCUUUAGUUAUUUCAGUAUAGGGGACAGAAUGACAUCACUGACAUAAACCAUAACAUGUGAGAACGCCGGUGACGUGUGCCUUCUUUACCAUAAACACACAUGACUGGGGUUUUGCUGUUUGAAGUCUGAGACUUCGUGGAAAAGAGUUCUACACUACAGUUUUAUUUUUGCAUUCACGAUAUAAAGCAAGUAAACUAAGAGCACGGUGUAAGCCUGGGUUUACUUUGCCAAGUGCCUAUCUUCCAAUGAAACAUUCAUCCUCGCAGGGCUGUCCAGAGACCUUUGAUUGGGAAUGGGGCUGGCUUUAUCUUUUAAGCAAAUGUCAUACUCAAGCUGCAAGGAACAGUCCUCAGAAAUGAAAAGGUGUGUCACUGUUGCUGGCUUCGGACUCUGACUUCUCUGUUGUGGGGGAGAAAGCUGCUGGGGUACCACUUAAUGCCCAAUGAAAUUCUACAUUGAUGAGACACAUGCUUAUUUUUCAAGGACUUGGAUCAAAUCCAUCAUCCAGCAAUGGGCAAUUACUCUUGAUGCAAUUGAACGGCUGUUCAAACUUCAGCGUAUUUUCCGUGGGCGAGAUUGAGUAAAACAUGCCUUCCUUCUAUAAUUACAAAUAAAACCGUGUUUACUUA